CUGCUACUACCGAAGGUUCAAUAAACAACCUCUUCUUACAGCCAAGCUGAGAUUGUCCUGUGUAAGUGCUGACACACUCCCAGCCAAGAUCGUAAAGAACCAAGAUGAGUGGCGGAUGCCUGUAUUUUACCUUGAUCCUACUCUCUUCCUCAAUGUGUUACUCAGUGUUUAUAAAACGUGAGCAGGCUCAUCACGUGCUGCGUAAACGGGCCAAUCAUUUUCUAGAGGAAAUUCAUGCUGGCAAUUUAGAGCGGGAAUGCUAUGAAGAGACUUGCUCGAAGGAGGAGGCCCGAGAAAUCUUCAAAUCCCAAGAGAAAACUACAGAGUUUUGGUAUCACUAUAAAGACCUCAGUCCGUGUAAGCUGAACCCGUGUGAGAAUGGAGGCAUCUGCCAGCAGUACCAUUACAUGUACACCUGUCUAUGUCCUCCACGUUUUAUGGGACGGCACUGCGAAAAUGUGCGCCACGAGUGCUGGUAUAAGAAUGGGGGCUGCUGGCAGUACUGUACAGACACACCUCGAUCAAUGAGCGUGACCUGCUCGUGUGCCCAUGGAUACUCCCUAAAUACAGAUGGGAAAAGCUGUGAGAAGUCUGCUAGAUUCCCAUGUGGGCUGACAAUCAGCUCAUCACGUUCUCUGGGAGACCCUGACCUGGAGGAAGAAGACGAUACACACUAUUCUCAUCCUGAACCACUAACGACAGAGCCUUCUCUCCUCAACAUAUCUGAUGACAUUUCUGAUGAUAUUUCACAUCAGAGAAACGUUAAUGAGACAACACAGACACCCAACAGAAAUGAGACUGUUUGGGGACAUAAAAUGAAUGAGACUGGAGAGAAUAGCAUAAAGAAUGACAGUGCUUGGAUGGGCCUUGGCAACAAUUCUUCUAAAGGCGAUAGCAAAAAUGAGACUGUUCACAAACAGCAUAAUAACACAGCUAAAACAGAGCUUGGCAGAAAGGUUUCUUGGAAACACAAGGUAAAUACCAGACCUCAGACAAAAGACAGACGGAAGCUUGUUAACUCUACAAACAACAUCAGCGAGGAAAUAACUUGGCCAGAAGACAAUGUAGACGUUCUUCCAGAAGCUAAAGAUAGCUCCACAUCUGAAGAUUCUCGCAUUGUUGGAGGAAUACGGUGUGAACUUGGGCACUGUCCCUGGCAGGUUAUGAUCCGGACUUCUCGGGGAUAUGACAUCUGCAGUGGAAGCCUGAUCAGUAGCCGCUGGGUACUGUCUGCUGCACAUUGCUUUGAGGCCAUUAAUCCACAUCAUGUGACUGUUGGCGAUUAUGACAAGAUGCGCCGGGACCUAGAGGAGCAGAAAAUUGGUGUAUUGAACUUUUAUUCCCAUCCGAAUUACUACGCAGAACACUAUGACCAUGAUAUUGCAUUACUGUAUUUGCGCAGUCCAGUGAUCUUCAGUGACCAUGCUCAACCAAUCUGCUUGCCAACAGCUGGCUUGGGACGACUGCUAACUCAAGAGGGUGGGAUAGGACAAGUAAGUGGCUGGGGAGCCACAAGGUACUUGGGUCCCAAAAGUCGUUUCUUAAUGAGGGUCCGACUACCUAUUGUCAGUCAGGAAGAUUGUAUUGCUUCCACGAAAAAGGUCUUGACUGGAAAUAUGUUCUGUGCCGGAUACCAUAGUGAAGAGAAAGAUGCUUGCCAAGGAGAUAGUGGAGGUCCCUUUGCCGUGUCUUACCACAACACCUGGUACCUGACUGGAGUGGUGAGUUGGGGCGAAGGAUGUGCAGCAGAUGGAAAAUAUGGCGUGUUCACUAGAGUGUCCAGUUAUAUCCCAUGGAUCAAAGACACUAUAAUAGAAAAUGAUGGAAUAGAGGACUCACUUGUCAAUACAUUAUGAGAAAAGUAACAAUCUAAUUUGUUACAGGAGAAUCUGUGAUUCUAUCAACGGAACUCAAUAGUCAACCUUUAGCUAACACAUUCUUAGUGACCUGCAACUAGUGAAACUUUUACUCUGACAAUGAUGUUUACUCUGUUUGAAGGCUUUACUUGGUGUGGGAAAUUCAGGUUUAUGCAUGUUUAGUUUAAAGGAUUGUGGGAUAAGUACCAUCUCCAGAAAAAGAAGCCGAAAACAAGCACUGGGGAUUUCAUUUGUGUGCAGAUAAUGGUAACGUGGGGCAUUCUGCUCUGUGGUUUAGAAAAACACACAUUGGCAGAUAUUUCCAACGCUUGAACAGCAUGUAGAGCCUUCCCACUACUAUUUCUAAUCAGUCUUCAGUGGUAAAGAAAAAUGACACUACCUUUAACAGCUUAAAGGAACACUCCAAGUACCAUAACCACUACAGCCCGCUGCAGUGGUCUUGGUGCCAGGAGAGCCCUGGCCCCCUCCCAGGGUAAGUAGUCAAACUGAAAGUGGUUCAGCAAGUUACCUGAAGAAUUCUGCUCUAUGUUUUGGAAUCACACAUUGGCAGAGAUUUCAAGCGUUGAACAGCAUGUAGAGUUUCCCCACUACUCCCCAUAUAUAUCCAAUCAGCCUUCAUUAGUAGAAAAAAUGACACUAACUUUGACAGCUUAAAGGAACACUCCAAGUGCUAUAACCACUACAGCCCACUGUAGUGGUUAUGGUGCCAUGAGUGCCAUAGCACCUUCCCACGGCAAGUAGUCAAACCGAGAAUGGUUCAACAUCUUACCUGGGGUCUGCUGGGUGCUGACCGCUUCCUCCUGCGCCCCUGGAAGCUCUUGCAUUAAGAUGACGGUGCAUAGUUUAGAUUAGGGAUGCCCAAAAAGUAGAUCCCCAGAUGUUUUAAAACUACAGCUUCCAUGAUGCUUUGUCAUUCUAAAGGCAUGCAAAGGCAUCUAAAGCAUCAUGGGAGUUGUAGUUCUACAACAUCUGGGAAUCAAACUUUUGGGCACCCCUGAUUUAGAUAAUUGGCUGAGAACAUUCAGCUGCAUGGCAAGGCUUCACUCGGUAGAUAUUCCAUGGGCUUAUUCACUAUAUGGUGAAUCGAAAGCCAAGUCAUGUAUCCACUAUUGCAAUGUUGUUGAUCAUUAGAGAACAUUCAUUUACAUUACACAUGAUGAGUGUCAUAGGUCCAUCCCUGUCAGGAACAACAAAAUCUCUUUUAUUCCAUAUAGUACAUACCAGGCCAUACCUGUGAGGCAUUGUGAGGGGGAUCCAGGUUUCCUUGCAAUAACUAUCUCUUCAUAGUUUUUGUUGUGACUGUAUACACUUAUUUUAUAAAGUAUAACUAUUUACUA